CCUAUGUCUGUCCCGUCUAUCAGUACUCCGUACUUCGCUGCCCCUGGAACUCAUAUUACGGAGGAUGCUUUAGCGAUCCGUCUCUAACUCUUCAUCCAGCAAACGGAGUGCUGCUGUAGGCCGGGGCACUCUCGUUUCGCUUGUUCUUGGCUUCUACACGAGACUCACAGAGACAAUGGCGUUGUGCCAAUUUCGGGGUCUCGCAACAACUUGUGACUGAUCAGAACGUGAUCUCGUGAUCGGUGGAUAUAUGGAUAUCUAUUUCCCAGAAAGCCACGCUUCACUCAUCCUUGUGCUGACUCGGAGUGGGCGCGGAGAUCACGAUGUCGUGCUGCCGAUGCACCUGUGCGGACCUAGAGUUCUGACGCUGUGCAUCUCCGUUGUUGCAUAUCCUCCCGGGGCCCUGUGGUUCACUGGUGACGGAUGCUCCAUCUUCAUCAUCCUCAUCUCUGGGCAACGGAAAUUUUCCCAUCCUUUUUUUUUUGCGCGAUUCCGUUAAUUACUGCUGCUGCAACUGGACCACCAACCACCCUUGGAGACACACCCAGACAUUGGAAGGAUGCUGGUGUGACCAGGGUACGAGGGAGGUCCGCCACGGCUGGCUGGGAAGCAUCCGGCUUAUCUUGUCCCACGAAGUUGGGAAACCGCCGAUCCGGAGCCGCCGCGUGGCCGGGCAGAAGCUCUUUUUCCCAGUCCGGAUGCCGCGACAUGAAAGGUGCCCGUGGCAACGACGCAGAUGUAUUGAAAUUCUGGACGAUCCCUCUACCGUAGUUAGAAAAGGCUGUUUCGUUUUAGUGUAGGGCCACCUGUUGGACCCUUGGAAAGCUUCACGCGAGAGGAGCAGAAUGUACUCCGUACGGAGUAUUCCAGCACACCCUCCUCCCCUCCCC